UGUGGGUGUUUUUUUUUCAUUUACCCUUUUGCAGAUCUUAUUAGGUGUCAAGCCUGCUCUGGUUGGUUUGUUUACAGUAUUUUUCUUCACUUUCCACUUCUGGGUUUUGUUUUUGAAAUGUGGCUGGGGUUUCAUUUCUGAUGGAUUUGCGCUUUCUAUUUUAUGGGUGAAUUUAAAUGGCAGAGGUUUUGGAUUGGUUGUUUGAGCUGCUUGAUUAACUAUUGUGAGUUGUGGUGAAGGUUCUUCUGCUUUUCUUAUUGACCUUUGAACGAUGGGGAAAUCUCCGGGAAAAUGGAUCAAGGCUGUUCUUUUCGGGAAGAAGUCGUCAAAAUCUAGUUCUGCCAAAAAUGCUGCAAUUGGAAAAAGGGCAUCAUCUGAUGCAAAGGCUCCUGCCGGAGAUUUGGUGGUGGGUCCUCCUGUGCCUGCAGAUCUGCCACCUCAUACCACUCGUGGGGCUAGUGGUGAAAACACACAGUUGGAAAAGUGUGCUAGUGGCAAUUUGUCAUGUGGUGUAGUGUUGUUGCCUGGAAAGCAAGGGGCAGAAACGGGAGGUGAUGUGAGGCUAAUCUCUGCAGACAAUGGUGAGAUACUCCGGCUAGAGCAAGCUGCCACAAAGGCACAGGCAGCCUUUAGGGGCUACAUGGCACGCCGGGCAUUUCGGGCUCUCAAGGGCAUCAUAAGGUUGCAAGCACUUAUUCGCGGGCACUUGGUCAGGAGACAGGCUGUUGCUACUUUGCGUUGCAUGCAAGCAAUUGUUAAGCUGCAGUCAGUAGUUCGUGGCCGACGAGUCAGACUUUCUCAUGCUGGGUCUGAAGUGCUUCAAAAAUGCAGAUCAGGGGUAGCCAUGGAAUCCCUUGCAGUAAAUACACUUCUUAAGUCAGAGAAGCUAUCAAGAAAUGCAUUUGUUUCUAAGCUUGUUACUUCAUCACCUUCUGUUAUGCAUCUGAGCCUCCAAUAUGAUCCGGUGGAACCAAAUUCUGUUGCAAACUGGCUAGAACGUUGGUCAUCAUCCCGCUUCUGGGAACCAGUUGCACGACCAAAGAAGAGUAUUAAGUCAAAACAACAGAAAAAGCAAGCUACCAUGCAAAGUGCGGAAUCAGGAAGGCCAAAAAGAGCUGCCCAUAGUAAUUCACUGAAUUCCUCAUCUGAAUAUGACAAACCGAAGCGCAGCCAGAGGAAAAUUCUGAGCCAUCAAACAGAAACGGUACAAGAACCCCCUCAAAAUGAACUUGAGAGGGUUAAACGCAGUCUGAGAAAAGUAUCUGUAUCAGCUGAAGAGGCUUCUGACAAGCCAGAAGCUGGAACUGAGAAGCUUCAACGAAGUCUUGAGAAAGUAGCCAAAGGUAAGGAUAAUUCUUCAGAAAAAGCAAUGAGCGAUCCAACAAUGGCGGUUUCUGAACAGCCUGUGGUAGUAGAACCACCUCCAAACUCCUUGGCAGCAGAUGAACCAGUUGAGAUGGUGCAUGAGGAUCAUCCUUCCGUUGAACUAGUUUCCUCGGAAGUCAGUGAACAGGUCAUAAUUGGUGAUAAAGUGAAUGAGGAUAUAAGCUCCAAGGAAGAUCAGACUAAGGAGAACAUUAAAACUGGGAGGAGGAGAUCUUUACCAGGAAAACAGGAAUACCCUGAGAAUGUUCCACAGAACACUCCUCCAACCUUGCCAAGUUAUAUGGCUGCGACUCAAUCUGCAAAGGCAAAACUUAGAUCACAAGGGUCACCAAGACUUCUUGUUCAAGAUGGUAGUGCAGAAAAUGGUUUUGUCAGGCGGCACUCUUUGCCUUCUUCCACGAAUGGCAAAAGCUCCCUGUCACCUCGGGUUCAGAAGCCAGUUGUACAAGCGAAUGGCAAAGGAGGAAGCAGAAGUGAUAAAUCACUUUCAGCCUCUAGAGACAGUAACGAGAAGUUGCUACAGCCCGGGUGGAGGAGGUGAGUGCCGGAUACUGCUUUUGGAACAUUAUGGAGUUGAGAAGGUGAAAAAAGUGAGUGCUUGGUCGUAGUUCUUCACUUUAAUUCUGUUAUGCGAGAUCAAACUUUACAACCGUAGUUUGAUUAUCUGUGUUUAAUUUGGCUUUGAGGCACACUGUAAGGGAACAUGUAUAGUCAUAUAUACUCGUGAGUGGGUUGGAGUUUCGUUUGAUAUUAUCCGUGUGCUUCAUUCUUUGUUUUCUGUUUCCCUGCAGCAUUGUAAGACGCAAGAAACCUGGAAAAUGCUUGAUAGACUAAUUUGUUUCUAAAA